CGCGCAUCCAGCACCUAGCAUAGAGCACAGAGCACCACGCACUAAACUUUCCCCAGAGCUGAUGAGGGAAUGACCCCGGUGACCCCAUUCAAUUCCUCUUGCAUGCCAGAAGACAGAAUGUGUGAGGGCAACAGGACGGACACGCCCAACCCCCAGCUGGUGCCCCUGGUGGUGGUGCUGAGCAGUGUGUCGCUGAUCACUGUUGCACUCAACCUGCUGGUGCUGUAUGCUGUGCGCAGCGAGCGGAAGCUGCAUACCGUGGGCAACCUGUAUAUCGUCAGCCUGUCAGUGGCUGACCUGAUCGUGGGUGCUGUGGUCAUGCCCAUGAGCAUCCUCUACCUCUACAGGUCUGUGUGGAUCCUGGGCCGCCCGCUCUGCCUCUUCUGGCUCUCUAUGGACUAUGUGGCCAGCACAGCAUCCAUCUUCAGUGUCUUCAUCCUAUGCAUUGAUCGCUACCGCUCCGUCCAGCAGCCUCUCAGGUACUUGAGGUAUCGGACCAAGACGCGUGCAUCGGCCACUAUUCUAGGGGCCUGGCUUCUCUCCUUCCUGUGGGUGAUUCCCAUUCUCGGCUGGCACUUCAUAGCCCCAACACCAGGGGCCCAAGGGAACAAAUGUGAGACAGACUUCUAUGACGUCACCUGGUUCAAGAUCAUGACAGCCAUCAUCAACUUCUACCUGCCCACCCUGCUUAUGCUCUGGUUCUAUGCCCGGAUCUACAAGGCUGUGCGGCGACACUGUCAGCACCGCCAGCUCAUCAAUGGCUCCUUCCCUUCCUUCUCAGAGAUGAAGCUGAGGUCGGAGAGCACCAAGGUGGACACCAGGAGGCCGGGAAAGGAGUCACCCUGGGAGGAUCCCAAAAGGUUGUCGAAAGAUACCAGUGAGGCAUGCACCCUGAGGCCAUCACCCCAACGCCCCAUGGAGAUGCCAUCUGUGGCUGUCUUCAGUGACGAUGAGGGAGGAGAGGCGGGCACUCUGCAGAUGCCUAUGGUGGCAGUGGGAGAUAGCAGGUGUAGUGAAGCUCUGGACCAUAUGCAGAGCCGGCUCAGGCCAAGUGGACAGAUCCAGGCCACCCACAAUAACAGUGCCAGACCAGAGGAUUGGACAAUGGUGGAUGGCCAGUCCUUCUCCAGGACCACAGAUUCUGACACCAGCAUUGAGGUGGCAUCAGGUGGUGGCCAGCCACGCAGUGGGUCCAACACAGGCCUGGACUAUAUCAAGUUCACGUGGAGAAGGCUGCGCUCACACUCGAGGCAGUACGUGUCUGGGCUGCAUCUGAGCCGGGAGCGGAAGGCGGCCAAGCAGCUGGGGUGCAUCAUGGCAGCCUUCAUUCUCUGCUGGAUCCCCUACUUUGUGUUCUUCAUGGUCAUCGCCUUCUGCAAAAAUUGCUGCAGUGAGCCUGUGCACAUGUUCACCAUCUGGCUGGGUUACUUCAACUCCACGUUGAACCCUCUCAUCUACCCACUGUGCAACGAGAAUUUCAGGAAGACCUUCAAGAGGAUCCUGCGCAUCCCACCCUGAGGGUGCAGCCUGGGAGGCAGCCAGGGAUGGUGGAUUUGUGAUGGCUCCAGGAGACUGAGGGAAGGAGCCUGUGUCUCUCAGGUACCCAGUCUUCCUGCAGUGGAGGCCACAGUCUUGGUUAGGGGUUUAGUGGUGCAGUGAUGGUCUCAGCAGGUGGUACUUGAAGAAGAGCUGGUGGCAGUGAGCAGCAGAAAGACCACAUUGGGAGCAACUGUUGGGGACCCACAAGAGCCCGGGGGACACCUCUCUCCAGAACCCAUGCCUAGGCUGCCCCAAGCUCCUGCCUUAGCCUUUCUCAUGUACCUGUGGCUUAGAGUUGGCAGGAAAUUGUGCAGCAUGCAUACCCAUGUUUUCCAUCCCAACUUCCUUUGAGUUCUUCAGUACCUGGGGACAAAAGCUGCCUUCAAAAGAGAGAGAAAGGAAGUGAUUUUAAGAGUUGUGUGUUCAAAGCAAAGGGCUGGAGAGGGGAGAACAGACAAUGUCCUAAGGGCUGGACCACUCCCAUGCCACAAGAGGAGGGUGGCACAUGAGUUCCAGAUUGUUGAGGAGCACAGUGAGGUCUGGUGAGCCAGGAGGAAGCACAGAGGUUAUGGAGCUAGCUGUGUGAGAAAGUUAAAAAUAACAAACCAGGUGGGGUUCCGGCUUGUCUGAAAAACAAAAAUGUGUCAUGUUGCACACCCACACCUACGUACAAGAUUCCCAAGCACGGUGACAAUUCACAAAGUGACACAUGGGAAGGAAGAGCAGCUGCUGCAGAGCACAUCUGCAGUCACAGAGGGAGACCCUCGGGGACAGUGGACAAGUCGAGAGGUCUUCUACUUUUUUAUAGUCUCCCUGUGGAGUUGAAAGCCAUGGGAACAUCCAGUUUAUGUGAUGCUUACAUUGCUGUCUGGUUGUGAUUUAUAUGUUAAAACUUAACGUAUGUAGCAAGUGGAAAUGCUUAUCCACACAGGUCUUCUGUGUUUUGUGUUCCCGUGUACACAACCUGUUCAAAUGAGAUAUUUUUACC